AUGAAGCCCAGCAGCAUUGCAUCGACUUGAUGCGGAGCACACGUCCCGUGUGCCUUGCGCUGACCAGAGAGUUCCGUCUCUGCCUUGACACGACGUGUACCCUUAUGUAACCAGGUUACACUUUUAGAAAAACGUACCCUCCCAUAACGACUGCUUCGCCGAUAUGAUCCCAUUCAUCUUCUGGCGCGUGGGGUUGGCGCUCCUGGCGACCCUGGCCGCCUUCUUCCUCUCUCGCCCGGUCAUUGAACUGCUGCUCAAUGCCAUCCGCUCCCGUCUCGACAAGCGCGUGCGAUGGAUCGCGGACGUACAGCACUACAUGCUGACAUAUCUAUGGUGGUUCUUGUUCCUGAUACUGGUGCGCGAUGUGAUCGCCCGGUACAUUCUGGACCUUGGAAGCGAGAAGGACGAGGUGAUGCAGUACCUAAGCUACCUCGUAGCAAUCCCGCUCGUGCUCGGUACCUUCGCUAUGCGUAAAGUCGUCACCAAUCUCUUUGUCCGGUACUUCAAAUGGGACCGCAGCUCGUCGAACUACGACGCACGGAUCUUCGUCAUCACCGAAUCCAUCAAGUUCGUGUGCGUUGUCUUCAUCCUGAUCGAGAUUUUUUACAUUUUCUUCCUAUCCAACUCGUUCAUGCGCUACGUGCUCGUCGUGGGGUUUCUGAGCGUUGAACUAGUCGCUGUUCUCUCAGGCUUCACCGUGCUGAAAAAUGUAGCAACAGGAUUGUUCCUCAUCUUUGCAGAGCCUUUCCGGACUGGCAGUGAGGUCAAAGUGCGACGAAUGUUGGGCUUUAUCGAGCGGGUAUCGCUUGCAAGGACGAUUAUGCGACGAACUGACGGAUCGCGGAUAUUUGUGCCGAAUGGCAUCUUCGCUGACAGUUACCAGACCAGUGGCAACGCUCUCGAGGCGCAUACGCACUCUCUCAUGCUGCGUCUACACCCAACUACACCUGCUCAAAAGAUGAAGGAACUUGUGCAGGAGUUGCAGGCUGUCUUGCCAGCGUAUGCGCUGACAACUGAAGCUCUUUCAGCGCUACGAAGAGAUCGAUGUGAGGCUUUUCAUAGGUCCAGCAGUGCGAGCAGCAACACCAGUGCAGAGAGCGGCGACAGCAUUUUGGGUGACCGGCAGCGAUCAACUGCAACCAGUGACGCUAACACCGGCACGCCACGUACGCGUGGUCGGUCAAGUGCGACCUCCAGUGCGUUCGAUGCGACUGGCCGACCGAUUGCACCGCCACCACCACCCGUGCGUGUUGAGCUCCACGCAAUGUUCACGGUCAAAGUGAUUGUCCUAAUGGAUCGUGAACGCUUCAACUCACUUGAAGCUGCUAAAACGGAGGUGAAUCUCGCCAUCAUCGACACAAUCCAGCGGCUUGGAGUCAAUGCGUUGCCAACAGGCCGCGGAUUAUAACAUUAGUGCUAAUUUAUACAAGGUCGGCACGGUCACCGUGGGGUCGCCGCUGUCGUAACAUAUUGCGCUCACUGAAGACUCGCCGCCCGAUUGGUUCACUGGCUUGCGUUGCUCGCCCUCGUUGACGAAUCCUCACCAGCUCUGGUAGUGGCGCAGAGCUAUAACUUGAGUGUCGCUCGGUUAAGUCAGGUACUUCAGUUCCUACGGUAGACGGAGGAAUUGAAGCACGCGGACCAGUGUUGCCUUCUUCUCCGAACAAACUCAGCUUGAGUUUAGUCACCAGCUCCGUAAUCUGAAGCACGAUCUAACCAAAAGCAACGUAAGUCUUUAUCGUAUUGAGAAGCCACCGCAAAGACAACGAACCUCGGUUUUCUCAGCCAGAAGCCCCUUUAUGUGCCGCUCUUGAGAGUAAUAGACAACAUGGACAAGAUAUGGCGCCUCAAUGCUGAUCCAGAAGCGACCUGGCGACUGCGUUUCUUCGAUCGUAAGUUGCUUGCUGUGCUCGUAAACGUUCAUCAUAUCCCAACCACCUUUUGGCUUCUCGAGUCCCAGCACGUCGCCCUUCGUAUUCGUUCGACGAUCAAGCAUGUGCUGCGUCAGGAAAUUAUCCAGUUCCUGGAUGAAAAUUCGCAGCGCUGUCGACGGUGUCGAGUGACUCAGAUGCACUGGAAUGACGCAACGUCUAUCAAGACUCUUGCUUUGCACUGUCACCGAGUUCUCCAGCAUAAUACUAUUUGGAAUGUAGGCCAACCCCUUGUCGUAUUGACGCAGUGAAAACCCCUGCAGAAAUAAUCGCUCCACCACUCCUUCAUGGCCUUGGAAAGACACAUGAAGGCCGUUCUUGAUCUGCUCGUCUUGCAGCGUCAUUAACCCGCCCAUAAUAUUUUUCAACUACAAUAAUUAUAACAAGCAUCAGCUUUAAAACUUAUGAAACUCUCACAAUACAGUCAAACUUACCCAC